UUCAGAGUUGUGCAAACACACGAUAUUGACUCUCCGUUAUCUACGCAGGGUGUCUGGCAUCAGUGAAUGGGCUUCUGCAGCAGCUUCAACUAUGUUGCUUUGGUUGGAAAUCAGCAGCUGCUGUAAAGAGCAGAGGCGCAGGCAAAGUGUGCUGUCACACCGUCAAGACAAACCGACAAUCUGAUCCUGAAAUCGGAUAACGUGCGGUCAUUUUCCCCCGUGCCUGUCGUUUGAUGCUGAACACGCUGUCUCCCAUGGGCUUUUGGAUGAUCCCCCACAGCCAGAUCCACGUAUUGAGAUGAUCUAUUUUUGUGAUGGCGAAGGGUCUGUUUCCACGGGCCUGGGUGAAAAAGUCGUUCUACUUUCAGGCUCGGAUCUCCUUUGUGCGGGUGAACUACCUGUUCCUGACAUGGCUGACUGUGCUGGUGGGGAGCUGGGUGUUCUAUGUGCAGUACUCCGCCUACACAGAGCUGUGCAGAGGGCACGAGUGCAAGAAUGCCAUUUGCGAUAAAUACAGGAGGGGGAUCAUCGAUGGCUCUGCCUGCAGCAGUCUGUGCGACAAGGAAACACUCUACAUGGGCAGGUGUCUGUCAACAUUGCCAAACAACCAGGUGUACACAGGAAGCUGGGGAGACCAUGAUGGGAUCAUCCACUGUAAGCUGGGGGAGGUUGUACACUACGAGCUGGGCGAGGAACCAGAGCCACGGAGGGAAACCCCUGUGUUUGACAAGCCUACGAGAGGCACCUCAGUGGAGAAGUUUAAAGAGAUGGUCUUUAAUCACCUCAAGUCCAAGCUUGGAGAGCAGGCGAACCUUGCUAGCCUCGUCAGCCAAAUCCUCUCUAUCGCCGAUGGCAACAGAGAUGGACGGGUGUCACUGCCAGAAGCGCGCUCGACGUGGGCCCUCCUGCAAAUGGAUGAGGUGCUGCUGGGACUGUUGCUCCAAGACAGAGGACACACUCCUCGUCUCAUCGGCUACUGCGGGGAUCUGUACAUGACGGAGCGUGUUCCCUAUGGGCCCCUGUAUGGUUUAUCUCUGCCCUGGCCCCUUGUUUCAUGGGUUCCUAGUGGUUUGCAGCGCUCCAUGGACCAGUGGUUCACCCCUUCCUGGCCUCGCAAAGCUAAGAUAUCUAUGGGCCUGCUGGAGCUUGUGGAAGACAUCUUUCAUGGCACCUAUGGGAGCUUUUUGAUCUGCGAUUUCGCUGCUGUGCACUUCGGUUACACCGACCGCCAUGAGCUCCGUCUGACUAACACCCAAGCAGUGGUCCCGGAGGAAGAGUUCAGGCGCACCAUGCGAGCACUCAAGUGUGAGACGGAUGCUGACUGCGUUCAUGGGGUGGACUGCCAGACGUCCUGCAAUUUGUCAGACAAACGAUGCAGGGAGGAGCCAGUCAGGCCAAACUUGGCAAAGGCUUGUGAAACCCUAAAGGACUACCUCCUGCGGGGGGCGCCAUCAGGGAUGAGAGAGGAGCUCGAGAGGCAGCUGUACGCCUGUAUGGCUCUCAAAGGUAAUGCUGGACAGAUGAACAUGGAGCACUCACUUAUCCUCAACAACCUGAAAGCUCUGCUGUGGAAACAGAUCUCACACACCAAGGACUCGUGACGAGGAGGGGGAAGUCCCUCUGAAAGAGGAACUGGCUAUAAAAUACGCUGUGAUAUAAGAGUAGCAAACUUACUGAAGUCAUUUUUAUUUAACACUUAUGAAUGGUCACACUGAUGGACAAAGUUGAAGGCUGGAAAAACUUAUUUUGACAAGCUUAAACGACUGCAUGCUACUGUCAGUCACGCUCAUCGAAACACAUUGUAUUGUAUUAUUCACCGCAAAGGAAUGUCACGAGGGCACUGCUGGAAAAAAAAGAUACUAGUAGUUUAUACUGUGAGUCUCAAAAGCUGAGAGAAUGAACAUGCAGAUGAGUGAGGUGGUGGUGAAACGAUGAUUGCAAAAUGAAUGACUUGGCUCUAGUUUUAACACUAAUACCACAGUUCCUCUCAUUUUUGUUAAGGUUGCUAUUAAAAGCCAGAACAUCAGGGAGUUUAUCUUUGACAGAUAAGGGUGGUCUUUGAACGCACCCAACGAAAGGACCAAAACCAACCUAAAAACAGAAGUACUGCACUAAAAUCUCUAAACAAGAGUAAAGAGGUUAUUUGUUGCAUAUGAAUACUCAUUUGGUGCAUGAUCAGCAUUUCCAGAAGCAUAAAGCAAAACAGAAGCAAAAAUUAACCACAGUUCUCAUGUGCUUCGUGAUGAAGAAAUGCGUCACCGAAUGCAACAAUGUGACACAUGUAUGUGUUUAUACGACCCACAAAAAGUCAGGGCACUGUGUAAAAUGUAACAAAAGGAGGAUGCAACAACGUGCAGUUCUUUUAAAGCCUGUUGACAGCAGGUCUAAGACCACAGGUGUAUAAAAUCAAGCCGAGUCAAUCACUACAGACCUCCAAACUUCAUGUGGCCUUCAGAGCUCAAGAACAGUGUGUAGAGCUUCAUGGAAUGGGGUUUUAUUGCUGAGCAGCUGCAUCCAAGCCUUACAUCACCAAGCACAAUGCAAGGUAUCCCAACUUUGUGGGAACAGUUUGGAGAUGGCCCCUUCCUAUUCCCACAACUGCACACCAGUGCACAAAACAAGGUCCAUAAAGACACGGAUGAGGGAGUUUGGUGAGGAAGAACUUGACUGGCCUGCACAGAGUCCUGACCUCAACCCGACAGAACACCUUUGGGAUGAAUUGGAGUGGAGACUAUGAGCCAGACUUUGUCUGACCUCACAAAUGUGCUUCUGAAAGAAUGGUCAAAAAUUCCCAUAAACACUCCUAAACCUUGUGGAAAGCCUUCCCAGAAGAGCUGAAGCUGUUAUAGCUGCAAAGAGCAACAUCAUAUUAAACCCUAUGGAUUAAGAAUGGGAUGCCACUGAAGUUCAUGUGUCUGAAAGUAGGCGAGCGAAUACUUUUGGCACCGUAGUCUAGAUCACCACCAAACACAAUCUAAAGGUUUAGUGGCACAUUCAAGUCUUUAAUUAGUAGUGGAUUAAAAAAAAAAAAAAAAAGCCUUGGGGAAUCUGGCACACGGUCACUUAUCUGCAUGGUAGACUGAGGCAGGUUUCAGUGUGGAUGAUGUGAAAGUAUCCACAGAAGUCUGUAUUGGUGUGCAUCUUCAAACUGUUACCCUUGUGAAACCGAUGCUGCAUCACUGACACAAAGUACAAGUAUUAUUGUAUUUCAUUUGUGAAUGUUAGAUGUUUGUAUUUUCCACUGAAAACAGCAUUUGUGGUAAUGUAUCACAUUAUUUUUGAAUUUCAGAUCCACAGUGCCGUAGAGUUCAUGCUGGCCAUUUUAUGAAUGUUUACAGUUUGUGGAGAACAUCAAUCUUGUGAUCGCAUCAUGCUGUACAAAGAAUGUUUUCCACGACUCUUUCCACACAUUGCUCAAGUGAACUUAACUACACCUUGAUGUGUUGAGCCAAUACAACUCAGAUCAGACCACUGCGGAGUUUAGAAAAUGUAUAUUUAAAGAAAAACAAACAAAAAAAAAAACCAGCAUGAUUUUGCACAAUUAAACUGCAUACCACUUCAUUGUAUCCUGU